AUGGCUAAUUGCAGUCCUGAUAGAUAUGACAUGCGUGAUUUGAAUAUGGAAUCAGACAGGCUAGCGACAGUAGCCGAGCCUCCACCUAUCUUAAAUGGAAACGAAUUGGAGGCGUCUUUCGAGACGAUGUCCGAUAUUCCACCAAUGUAUUUUGGGACGGAAAACAGUACGAUGGUCACAUCGCAAAUAGGUUCUACAGCCCUGGUACCUUGUGCGGUGCAUCACAUAGGAGAAGGAAUGGUAUCCUGGAUAAGACGUAAAGAUUAUCAUUUGCUCACGGUGGGUUUGACGACUUAUUCAAGUGACGAAAGAUUUUCAGCAAUACAUCUACAACAUUCUGAGGAUUGGACACUGCAAAUAAAAUUCGUUCAAGCAAGAGAUGCUGGAAUUUACGAGUGCCAAGUAUCGACGCAUCCUCCAACGAGUAUAUUUAUACAUCUCAAUGUUGUGGAGGCGAGAGCAGAAAUAUCAGGCCCAACCGAGAAGUACCUAAAACUGGGCUCCACUCUCCGACUGGCCUGCUCCGUGGUCCAGAGUACGGAACCGCCGAUCUACGUCUUCUGGUACCACAACAAUCGGAUGAUAAAUUACGAUGGCGACCGCGGCGUCAACGUCACCACCGAGCUGGCGCUGAAACACAGCGCCCUGGUGGUGACCACGGCGACGCCCAGACACACGGGCAAUUACAGCUGUGUGCCCAACAAUGCGCUGCCGGCCAGCACUUAUGUGCACAUUCUGAAUGGUGAAAAUCCCGCAGCAAUGCAGCACGGAGGCCGAGGUUUUGCCCUUCUGACCUCCCAUACAACCAGAGGCGAGAGCAGAAAUAUCAGGCCCAACCGAGAAGUACCUAAAACUGGGCUCCACUCUCCGACUGGCCUGCUCCGUGUCCAGAGUACGGAACCGCCGAUCUACGUCUUCUGGUACCACAACAAUCGGAUGAUAAAUUACGAUGGCGACCGCGGCGUCAACGUCACCACCGAGCUGGCGCUGAAACACAGCGCCCUGGUGGUGACCACGGCGACGCCCAGACACACGGGCAAUUACAGCUGUGUGCCCAACAAUGCGCUGCCGGCCAGCACUUAUGUGCACAUUCUGAAUGGUGAAAAUCCCGCAGCAAUGCAGCACGGAGGCCGAGGUUUUGCCCUUCUGACCUCCCAUACAACCAGGUUACUAAUAGUAGUGAGCAUAACAUUGGCAAAAGUUUGCUAG